AUGGAAUUGGGUUUCACCUUGGCAUAUGCUGUUACUAUGAUCGUUGCUUUGCAAGGAAACAUUUUGCUGAUUUACAUCGUCUGGAGGAAACGUGAGACAAGAACUUUGACGAGUUUCUUGUUUGUCAAUAUGGCGAUUGCCGAUUUAUUGAUUGCAGUAUUUCAGAUGCCCUUCUCCAUGGCGCACUUCUACGUCUCUGAAUUCACUGGUGCGGUCGGGAAUCUAUUCUGCCGAUCUGUAAUGUAUCUUGUGAAUGUGUCCAUGACAGCCUCGAUCUUCAGCCUUGUCGUGAUGGCAUUCGAUCGAUAUUUUGUUGUUAUACACCCUUUGAAGCGAAUGAUUUGGUUCCGAAGAGCCAAAAUUAUUCUACCAAUCAUUUGGAUCGCAUCCUGGACCUUAAUGGCCGUCACACCAUUUUCUUACAUGGCCGAGGAUAGCCUUGGAAAAUAG